AUGUUGGACCAGAGUUUUACAAGAAUUUCUGUAACAAUCUUGAAGAUAUCAUCUGGAAACCACCUAACGAACAACAACAGCAUGGGAAAUCCAAAAUCACCAAAACAAAGAGCAAACACCAUUAGAUCCCUUGGAAGCCAGGCCAACACUAUUGUAGUUACACCCAUCUCUUUCUACCUCCAAAAGAAUGAACUGGAAGGUAAUUCUUUGGGGACAUCAAUGCAGUUUGACACCUUUGGAUUUACUGUAGCAGAAGUGGCUAGGAAGCAGGUUGAGAAAGGAAAAAAUGAGAGGUGUCUGAUUGAUGCUGAAAUUGGGAUGGCGUCGUGGUCACUCAAUAAAGAGUUCAAAAACUGGUUCACUUUUUGGAUGGUUCGUUGGGUGUCUCUGCUUAUGAUGCUGAGAAGAACUGCAUGUGCCUCUUCGUAUCAUCAAAAGCAACCCCUUAUAAAUCAGCAUGUGCCUCUUCGUGUCACCAUUGAAGCCAUGGCAAAGGCUUUUGGUGUCACAGUCGAUUUCAUUGAUCUGGGGAAACAAGGAGCUGUCACGAUUCAUUGCAGCAGGGAAGCUUCAUUGCAAGAUCAACAAAGUAGCAGGUGUUUUGGAAACCAACCGCCUAGAUGCAAAGAAUGCUCUUUAUCAAAUCUUAGUAUAGUUAUUCUCUAA